AUGGAUACCGAGCCGCCCGGCUCGGACAACGGCACGGCGUCGAACGGCAGCUCGGUGGACCGGAGGUUCUACCUGGACCGCGGCUCCUACCAGCACCUGGACCCCGGGGACCUGCGCUCAGUGGUCCCCGCCCUCCUGGGGGUGCUGUGCGCCGUGGGCCUGGCCUGUAACCUCAGCGCCAUGGCCGUGCUGGUGUCCAAUGCCCGCCGGGGAAAGCUGUCCCUGGUCAACGGCCUCAUCUUCAACCUGAUGCUGGCCGACGGCCUGGUGCUGGCCUUCAGCGUGCCCUUCCGCGCCGCCGCCUACCACCGCUCCAGCUGGACGCUGGGCUGGCCCGUGUGCAAGACGGCUGACUGGUUCUUCCAGUCCUGCAUGGCGGCCAAGAGCUUCACGGUGGCGGUGAUGGCCAAGGCCUGCUACCGCUACGUCUCCGGCCCCAACAAGCAGGUGAGCCUCCGCCCGGGCUCCAUCCUGGUGGUGCUGCUCUUCACCUGGCUGACGGCCUUCUCCGUCACCGCCCCCCACCUGCUGUUCGCCACGCUGCGGCGGGAGAGCCGCGGGCUGGUGUGCGUGAUGGCGCCGCCCCCGGAGAGCCGGGACUUCAUGUGGGUGUACGUGAAGGCGUACCCCCUGGCGGUGUUCUGCCUCCCCCUGAGCUUCGCCAUGCUCUACUUCUGGAAGGCGUACGGGCGGCGCCAGCGACGGGCCACCAAGACGCAGAACCUGCGCACCCAGAUCCGCUCCCGGAAGCUGACGCUGAUGAUCUUCUGCCUGACCGCGGCCAUGGCUCUGCUCUGGCUGCCCCACUGGGUGGUGUGGAUGUGGGAGCGUCACCUGGCCGAGAGGGAGCGGGGCGAGCAGGUCGGCUCCUCUCCCCCCCUCCUGCUCUCCCUCUCCGCUCAGCUGCUCACCUUCUCCCUGUCGCUGGUGAACCCGCUCGUGGUGCUGUCGCUCUCCGAAGAGUUCCGCGAGGGUUACUGGGGCCUCUGGAGGCGGCUCACCCUGCGCAAGCAACCCCCGCCCAAGGCCAAGCCCGGGCCCCACAACCCCACGUCCCUGAUGUCCCCUCACCCAAGACCGGAGACCUCGGGCCAGCAGAGAGAGGAUCGCCCUCCCCAGGGCUCCGCCACAUCUGUUCACGGCCCCAACACGGAGAGUCUGCGUCAGCCCCAGGCGGUGGUGGAGGAGGAGGAGGCGGAGGAGGAGGAGGAGGAGGAGGAGGAGGAGGAGGAGGAGGAGGGAUGCGGAGGCGGCGGGACGGAGGUGGAUGAGAACAGCCUGAAAGACGGCGUCGCGUUGCCCGACGUGGAGCAGUUCUGGCACGAGAGAGUGGCUGGGUCUGUGACGGAUGAAAACGACCCCGUGCCCUGGGAGCACCAGGGAGGGGGGGAGACAGUGGGGAAGGCGGUGAUCUGA